UCCCUUUUUAUCCCCAAAACCUCACCACUCCCAAUCUUCGUAACCCCCUUCCUUUUAUACUUACCGAAACCUCAACCUCCAUUUCUAGCAACAAUGGCGUCUUCCACCGCUCAGAUUCACGCUCUCGGAUUCGCUUCAAAUCAAAAUUCACCUAAAACCGUCUUCUUCGGCAAAGGAUUAACCAAAUCCAUUUCCUUUUCACACCAAAAAUCCUUCGUAAAGUUGAAAAACAGUAGAAGAAAUAGAGUAGUGGCGGAGAAGGUGGUCGGAAUAGAUCUAGGAACGACGAACUCUGCGGUGGGAGCGAUGGAGGGAGGGAAGCCGGUGAUAGUGACGAACGCGGAGGGGCAGCGGACGACGCCGUCGGUGGUGGCGUACACGAAGAACGGGGACCGGUUGGUAGGGCAGAUAGCGAAGAGGCAGGCGGUGGUGAAUCCGGAGAAUACGUUUUUCUCGGUGAAGAGGUUUAUUGGGAGGAAGAUGGCGGAGGUGGAUGAGGAGUCGAAGCAGGUGUCAUAUACGGUUGUUAGAGAUGAGAAUGGGAAUGUUAAGAUUGAGUGCCCGGCUAUUGGGAAGCAGUUUGCUGCUGAAGAGAUUUCUGCACAGGUUUUGAGAAAACUUGUGGAUGAUGCUUCCAAAUUUCUGAACGACAAGGUCACUAAAGCUGUCGUGACAGUUCCUGCUUAUUUCAAUGAUUCUCAAAGAACAGCAACCAAGGACGCCGGUCGAAUUGCUGGUCUGGAAGUUCUGCGAAUUAUCAACGAACCUACAGCUGCUUCGCUAGCUUAUGGUUUUGAAAGGAAGAACAAUGAGACUAUAUUGGUUUUUGAUCUUGGAGGUGGUACUUUCGAUGUUUCAGUUCUUGAGGUUGGUGAUGGAGUCUUUGAGGUUCUGUCUACUUCUGGAGAUACACAUCUCGGUGGUGACGAUUUUGACAAGAGGGUUGUUGACUGGCUUGCUGCAAGCUUCAAGAAAGACGAGGGCAUUGACUUACUAAAAGACAAGCAAGCACUGCAACGGUUGACCGAAACAGCUGAAAAGGCGAAGAUGGAACUUUCAACUUUGACACAGGCAAAUAUUAGCUUGCCGUUCAUUACAGCCACCGCAGAUGGCCCUAAACAUAUUGACACUACCCUUACAAGAGCAAAGUUUGAGGAACUAUGUUCAGACCUGCUGGAUAGGCUUAAAAGACCAGUUGAGAAUUCUUUGAGAGAUGCCAAGCUGUCGUUUAAAGAUAUUGAUGAGGUGAUCCUUGUUGGUGGCUCAACACGUAUUCCAGCUGUUCAGGAAGUUGUCAAGAGCCUUACCGGAAAGGAACCGAAUGUUACCGUCAAUCCAGAUGAAGUGGUUGCCUUGGGAGCUGCAGUCCAGGCUGGUGUUUUGUCUGGAGAUGUGAGUGACAUUGUUCUUCUAGACGUAACACCGUUAUCCAUUGGUCUAGAAACUCUUGGCGGUGUGAUGACAAAGAUCAUCCCAAGAAACACAACUCUUCCAACUUCAAAAUCAGAGGUUUUCUCUACAGCUGCUGACGGGCAAACAAGUGUCGAGAUUAACGUCCUUCAGGGUGAGAGAGAGUUUGUUAGAGAUAACAAGUCUCUUGGUAGCUUCCGGCUUGAUGGAAUCCCGCCUGCCCCACGUGGGGUCCCCCAAAUUGAAGUUAAAUUCGACAUAGAUGCAAACGGUAUCUUGUCUGUCACCGCCAUGGAUAAGGGCACCGGAAAGAAACAAGAUAUCACCAUCACCGGUGCUAGCACAUUACCUAGUGAUGAGGUGGAGAGAAUGGUUAACGAAGCCGAAAAGUUUGCAAAAGAAGACAAAGAAAAGCGAGACGCUAUCGACACAAAGAACCAGGCGGAUUCGGUCGUGUACCAGACAGAGAAGCAGCUGAAGGAAUUAGGAGACAAGGUUCCUGCACCGGUGAAAGAGAAGGUCGAGGCCAAACUCGGUGAGCUGAGGGAGGCUAUCAACGGUGGGUCAACACAAACCAUAAAAGAUGCGAUGGCUGCACUUAACCAAGAGGUGAUGCAGCUCGGCCAGUCCCUUUACAACCAACCCGGUGCACCGGGCACACCACCGGGUGCCGAGCCGGCUGGAUCAUCGGACAAGGGACCCGAGGGACCUGAGGGUGACGUCAUUGAUGCUGAUUUCACUGACAGCAAGUGAGUCAUGCUGUUCGAAUAGGUUGAAUUUUUGGACACGAUUGCGUGAAAGGGUGUUGGUGUGGCCAUUGAUGAGUUUGAAAGAAGUAUAGGAUGAUGAUGUUAAUUAAUUGUAGAGGUAGAGGACUUGCAACAAAAUGGAUGGUGAGAAUGACCAUGCCAUGGAUUUUUUUGGUGGAAAUUUCAUAUGAUUCAUAUUUAGUAAUUUA